AUGCGCUGCGACGAGCGCGUGGAGGGCGCCUGCCUCUACAAGGUGGACCUGAACGACGUGGCCAACCUGGAGCGCGCCCGGGCCACGGUGAUGCGGACCCCUGAGCCUGCAAAGGAAGAGAAGGAGGAGUGCCUGCCACUGUGCCCAAAGUGCGGCGUGAGGCAGCGCCCGAAGAUCCUGUGGUUCGACGAGAGUUACAACGAGGCCUUUUUUCAUUGGAAGACCGUCAUGGAUCAGAUGGAGACCUGUGAUGUUCUGCUCAUCGUCGGAAC